GUCGCUUUCUCAUUCAACUAGUGAACACGGACUCGUACGCUCCUGCUGCUGUUCUUUAGCCAAUCUAGCCCAGCCCAUCCGCAAUACACCCAACUCGCAACCGCCAUUAUUCCAUGAUGCUGAAACUUACCUUGCAAUUUUUCGCCAUCAUCGUUCUGAUUGAACGCGCUUACUCGUGGGGCGGAAGAUUCAAUCGCUUCAGUCCCGAAAUGCUCUCCAACAUGGGCUACGGUGGCUACGGCAACAACCGACAUUCACCCCAGCGCUUUCUUCCGGCCUCUUCAAUAGACCUUCUCGAAUCGAUGCUGCAGAGCGAAGAAGACGAAGAAAUGACAGAAGCCAGCAGCAACAAAGCGGCGGCCAGCUGCUCCGGAAGGCGCUGCUCGGCCAACGAGCACUGUUGCGCAGGAACCGUCUGCGUGGAUCUCGAUGGCCCUUCAGUUGGGACUUGUCUCCCGCACCACGGCCGGCGUGAAGGGUCGGCAUGCCAUCGCACCUCCGACUGCGAUUUUGGACUUCUAUGCGUCAUUUCCGGCGGAACUGGCAAAAUCUGCCAACAACCCUCAGAGAACGUGAAACAAUACAAUGAAGACUGCGCCCAGAGCAGCGAAUGCGAUGUAUCCAAAGGCUUGUGCUGUCAAUUGCUUCGACGCCACCGGCAAUCUCCACGCAAAGCUUGCAGUUACUUCCGAGACCCGCUGGUCUGCAUUGGGGCCGUCUCCGUCGACUCCGUCAAGGAGCAAAUUCAACACACGGCGAACGAAAAACGCUUGACUGAUCGAGCCACUAAUUAUUCGCGCAAAUAAACCCGGCGCGCGUAUAAAUCACUUUUACAUGGGCGGUCGCCAUCACCGCCCCCAAAAAAACGCAGAAUGGCAAUAUUCCAUUCUUUCUAAUCACACUAUAUAAUUCAAAAACAAAAUUCAAAAUAAACAACAUCUAUGUAACAAAAUUAACUGCAGACAUUGAUUACUGGAAUAAGCCUGUGAAUCUAUCUACUCUAUACUUGCAUGUUUUAUUUCAUAUUAAGGAAUUCUUCUUCAGAAAUAUUUGUUGUUUGAUUUUUUUUUAAAUUUAGUCGAGAUAACACGUUUAGCUGAACUUUUCUUUUUUUAAAUUUUUUUUCCCGCAGUGCUUUUUAAAAUAAUUAAAUAACACACGUUUUUUGCAAUCAUUUAUUCGUCCACCUCUGACAAAGUGGAAUUGCAACCUAAUAGCGUCCAUCGGAAAGAAAAAGCAGAUGUUUGAUGGGUUACAAACUGUUUUUACUUGCAAUACUAAUAUAUUCCCACAUGUAACAAAAACACGUCCUUUGACUCGGCCAUGUUUUCGUUGCUGAAAAAGAAAAAUAUGGCAAUAUUUUUUCUUUCCUUUUUGCAAUUUUCUUCGUCUCUCUCUCUCUCUCUCUCUCUCGGUGAAUGUGUCGAGGUUAUAUAAUUUCCCUAGACGCUACACUAUACUACUCUGUCCACGCUGUUCAAUGUGUCUCAUCAUCUUUUAAAAAAAAAAACAACAAAUAACCAAACUGGUAGAUCACUUACUAAUUCGACGCUUUCAAUGUAAAUUCACUGUGUCAUUUCUUCUUUCAAACUGUAUUCCUUUAUUAUAGUCGUUUCAGAACUCACCUGUCAGAGUUGGAAAAUAUAUAUCUCAUAACUGUUUA